AUGGUUUUGACUUUCUCGGAUUCGAUUAUGAAAUUGAAGCGAAAUACAGCUUGGACAAAAAUUGAAGAUGGAAAAACUGAAAAAGAGUUGAUUUCAAAAUAUUUUCAAAUUAUUGUUGAAAAUUCAAUUGGAAAAUUUUCACAGUAACCAUAAUUGAUAUUGGUUCCAAAAAUCACAAAAUAAAAAACAAAAAAUUCAAUAAUUUUAUAAAUGUUUGUUUCAGAAUAAUUUUCCAUUUGCCACAACUUCUAUCAAAAACUUCAGAAGCUUAAAGAACUUGUCAAUCUUUCGCAGAGGUGAAAAGAUCAAUUCGACACAAUGUGGAUUUUUAGACCAGGAUACAAUUCUUUCAAUCACCGGACGAAUUUCAAUUCACGGUGUUUCGGUGGAUGGUGAGAUUUUGAAAUUGAAGGAAAUGAAGGCGAAAAAAAUCACUUUUCGUCAUAUUACCGGACAUCUUCUUCAUCGAGAAAUUUUCAAGUAUUUUAUAGAUUUUGAGGUGGGAAAUGUUGAAAAUAUUCCAGAAAUUGUGGAUUUUGAGAUGGAUAUAAGAACAAUUGCAGAAUUGCAAAAAGAAAUGCAUUCAGAUUAUGAAGACGAAGAAGAAGAUUAUGAUUAUGACUAUGAAGAACUAAAAGAAAACAAAGAUAUCAAAUGCUUGUUGAAGGAACUUAGACGGUUAGAGUUUUUCAACAUAAUUUUUGUUUCUUUGUUAGUAGAUUUUGAUUCCUCUGUCAAAACUGCUUAUCUCAACUUAAGAUAUAAUUUAUGGCAUGACAAAGAAAACCUUUGUAAUAUUGCAAGGUUUACAAUGACUAGCUUUAAAAUUUUUCAAAAUCUGAGGAAUUUGUUCAAAAAGUUGAAUUCUGCAACUACAAUUGAUCCUCCAUGGGCCGAAUUCACAAAACUGGUAUACCAAAAAUUACUGAAACAUUUGGGCGUUUAAAAAAUAUGUUGAGAUCAGAAAAUUUUUGGUACGCCAAAUAUUUUCUUCGCUGAUUUUUGGUAUAUUAUUGAUGAAUUCGGCGCCUGAACCAGGGUUGAUUUUCAUAAAAUUCAUAGCUUAUAUUGAAAACUGAGAUAAUAGAAAACAAUUUCACUUGAAAACAUCGAUUUUCAGCAACUACAACGGAUUGCCUUUCCAAGACCACUUCGAAAUCUCCAACGAAACGCAUAAAAUCAAAGUUGAAUGCGAACGAAACUCUUUCACAAUGUCUCAAAUCUAG